CAGGUGCGGCUGGUGAUCGCCGAGAAGGGGCUGGCGUGCGAGGAGCGGGACGUGAGCCUGCCGCAGAGCGAGCACAAGGAGCCCUGGUUCAUGCGGCUCAACCUGGGCGAGGAGGUGCCGGUCAUCAUCCACCGGGACAACAUCAUCAGCGACUACGACCAGAUCAUCGACUACGUGGAGCGCACCUUCACCGGAGAGCACGUGGUGGCCCUGAUGCCCGAGGCUGGCAGCCCACAGCAUGCCCGGGUGCUGCAGUACAGGGAGCUGCUGGACGCUCUGCCCAUGGACGCCUACACCCAUGGCUGCAUCCUGCACCCUGAGCUCACCACCGACUCAAUGAUCCCCAAGUAUGCCACGGCCGAGAUUCGCAGGCAGAAAUGUGAGCUGUGGCUCUGUGGUUGUGCCUUCACCCUUGCCGACGUGCUCCUGGGGGCCACCCUGCACCGCCUCAAGUUCCUGGGACUGUCCAAGAAAUACUGGGAAGAUGGCAGCCGGCCCAACCUGCAGUCCUUCUUUGAGAGGGUCCAGAGACGCUUUGCCUUCCGGAAAGUCCUCGGUGACAUCCAUACCACCCUGCUGUCGGCCGUCAUCCCCAAUGCAUUCCGGCUGGUCAAGCGGAAACCCCCGUCAUUCUUCGGGGCAUCCUUCCUCAUGGGCUCCCUGGGUGGGAUGGGCUACUUUGCCUACUGGUACCUCAAGAAAAAAUACAUCUAGAGCCAGGCCCCCAGAGGCUUGGUGUCUGACUGUUGGUGUCUCUGUGCUGUGUGAUUCCCAAAGACCUCUCAGUAACUCAGCCCCGUGAACAUGGACAGCACUUCCCUGCCCCUUGCUCCCAGUAAUUCUAUCGUCAGUGUGACCACAUUCCAUAGUUUAGAAGUAGACGUCGCCAAGGCUGUGACUUGAGGUCACAGCUCUACUAGGAGAGAAAGAGAGAAAGAGA